AUGAACAAAAAUGGAACAGCUAAAAUGAAUGAUAAUCAAAUAAGAGCCGAAGGUAGAAGGUUAUUUAAACGCUUCUAUAACAUUCCUGAUGGUGUUAAUCCUAAAACUCGUAGAAGUUAUUUAAACGAAGCAAUAGAUGCAUAUGAAGGGUUUGACAUUUCAUCAGAAAGUGAGAGGUUAGCAAGAAUGUUAAACGUUAAUAUUGAUUUUUAUUAUUGUGACCCUCAACCAGAAGACGUAGACAUUAACAAGGUAGACUUUCCAUUAGUGGAUUCAAUAAUGAUAGAUCCAGAAUUUGAAACAGUAAAUAUUUUAUUAACACAGAGUCCAUGUGGAAAACUUCACGCUGAUAGAAUAACAGACAUUGAAGCACUCACAGGAUAUAAAGUUUGCCCCUUUUGCAAAGAAGAAGUAUAUUCUAUCCGUGAUGAUCCAGAAAGGAAAAACCAAAGAAGAUUUUUAAAACAUUGUGAGAAAUGUAAAGAAAAUAAUGGAAGAUUAAUUCAAGACGUUCAAUUGCAAAACACACAACAACCAUAUGCACCACAUAUCACGAAACAGAAGAUAUAUCAAUGGCUAUUAGCACAUAAUUUGCAGGAAUAUUAUAAACCAACAAGAUAUUAUAUUACUUUUGACUUCGAAACAUUAGAGACUAAAGAAGAACUUCAACUUUCUGAAUGUGCAACUUUGAAUGCUUACUUAAAACCAUUCAUGGUAUCAUCAACUGUCAAAAUAAAGCCGCAAA